AUGAACGGAGAUAUAAGUCUGUCUAAGGCUCUGGGCGGCUUGCGCAUCGCCAACCCCGAUGAUGCCGAAUCUGCAGCCGUGGAUGUUGCGCCGACAAGUACAUACGAUGAAGCACCGUCGGCACAGUUUUCUAACGGCAGCCGCAUACCAGAAGAGAACGAUUUGUUAGCACAACCUUCGUCUCUAGCAGUACAACAAAUACCAUCCCGAGAUCCCAGUCCAGCUGCUUCACAGCGGCAACAAUAUACCGAGGAGAAUGCGGCUGCCUCCUUUCGACCUUCCCAUUCAGCCGGUGGAAUGUAUCCGCGCACCGACCCCUCUGCAAAGCCCUCUUCGGACCUAUACUCACACGCCCACGGCCCGGUAUACCAAAAAGUUAGCGGCCUGCGAAAUGAGCCGACACGAUCUGCGUCGUACCGCAUACCGUCACGGAGCGACUCACGCUCUACCACCCAAACUUACGUUUCUUCAGUGGCUACAAGAGAGUCAAGUCACACAGACCGGACGUAUAACGGGCCCCGGCAGAAUCCGCCCCUAUCGUCUGGCAACAGCCCACUGCCCCCCCGACGAAGUUCUAAAGGCAUGGCUGGUGGAUAUGCGACGACUCCCUCCAACGAUCGCCCACCCACAACGUCGCAUUCUCUACCGCUUGGGUCAGAGGCGUCAUUGCCAAAAAGCGUUGACGAGUGGAAAGAAAGAGGAGCGGCAGUGAGCGUCAGGAGAGAAGUGGAUGCCUCUGGCAAACCGGUCUUGCGAACGGUCAAAAAGGGCGUGCAGGAUUUCUCAUUUGGCAGAAUUUUGGGUGAAGGUUCUUACAGUUCAGUGUACCUGGCCACGGAUCGCCAAACGCGGAAAGACUACGCAAUCAAGGUUCUUGAGAAACGACACAUCAUCAAGGAGAAGAAAGUCAAGUACGUCAACAUUGAGAAGAACACGCUGAAUCGCCUCACCGAACACCCUGGCAUCGUUCGCCUGUACUACACCUUUCAAGACGAGUCUUCAUUGUACUACGUCCUUGACCUUUGCGGUGGGGGUGAGCUCUUGGGGACCUUGAAAAAAACCGGAACGUUUAAUGUGGAGUGCACUCGGUUCUAUGGUGCCCAGAUUCUCGACGCCCUGAAGUAUAUGCAUUCAAGGGGGGUGAUCCACCGCGACCUGAAGCCGGAAAACGUCCUUCUCGACGAAAAUAUGCAUGUCAAGAUCACUGAUUUCGGAACGGCAAAACUGCUACCGGACCCCAGAGAUCCUCGGCCCGCAGAUAACAGCGGAGGGCUGACAGUAACAGGAGAUACCCGUUCGGCUUCUUUUGUUGGAACCGCCGAAUACGUCAGCCCCGAGCUGUUGAUGGACAAAUCUGCGAGCAAAGCAAGCGACCUAUGGGCUUUUGGAUGUAUCAUCUAUCAGCUUCUGGUCGGGCGACCCCCAUUCAAGGGCGGAUCCGAGUACCUGACUUUCCAGAAAAUUGUCAACCUUGAAUACGAUUUCCCGCAUGGCUUCCCAGACGCAGCUCGUGACCUGGUAGAACGGUGCCUUGUUUUGGAUCCAGCGCGGCGUCUCACGAUCGAGCAUAUCAUGAACCACCAGUUCUUUGACGGUCAAAAAUUUGGGAAGGAACUUUGGCGUACGAAGUCGCCAAGGCUGCAGCCUUAUGUACCACCGAGCCAGGAGACAGGCAUCAUCAAGCUGGGCGGCAAUUCGGCAACAGCACAGCAACCAAGUUCUACGUCAAGGGGACCUAGUACUGGUGCAAGUACAGGUGUUCAAACGCAAGCCCCAAACAAAAGCUCCCGGCCAAGAGUUAUCGCCGAGCUUCCGCCACCAACACAAUUGGACCUCGACUGGUCUCCGGUUCUGACCAAGCAGAACGAGCGUAUACUCAAGUUAGGUGAUCUGAUGGUCAUAUCUGCACCGAUUCCGAACAACGGUCAUGGGAAGAGCAGCGAGCACGGGGAUGGACAUAAGAAGCUUGCCCGGUUUUUCGGCGGAAGCACGACAAAGAAACGGCAACGGCUGGUCAUAGUAACCUCGGGUGGACGGAUUGUGCUUGCGCCUGCGGGCGGCGAUGAGAAGAAAGCAAAGCAAGAACUAUCGCUUCUCAGCGCCGACUGCGUGUGGAGAGCGCAAACAGACGCAAAGGGACAGGCCAUCUGGUGCGUCGACACAGGCGGGACACAUUAUUCGUUUGAGGACGCGAAGUCUGGACCUGCUUCGCCGGAGGCUGGUAUGGCCACAGUUGAGGAGUGGAUUGAGUCGCUGGAGCGGGCGAAGGACUUGGCGCUGUCGCAAAACAUUCUUGCAUCGUACCGGAGCGAAGAGUUCGGGGAGAUGCCCUCUGCAAUGUCAAGUCCAUCCAGUACACUAGGGGGGCGCGGGGCAUAUGCUGGCCAAAGCCAAGGCAACGGUGACGACCCGGCGAUUUCGGAACCUCCUAUGAUGGCUCCGGGAAUGCCUCACCACAUGGCGCCGAUGGCCACACACGGACACGCGCCGAUGACGCCGCAGCAGCACAUGGUGAUGCAGCAGCACCAGCAGCACCAGCAGGUAAUGACGCCGCACCACGUGGCGCCGAUGCCGAUGAUCGCACACCACCACGUCGCCCAGAUGCCGCCACAUCCGCAGCAAGUGCAUCACGCGGGCGCGCCCAUGACGCCGCACCACAUGGCCGGUCCCCACGGCAUGGCGCCACACCUGACGCCGCAGGUGGCAAUGGCGCAGCAACAGCAGCAACAGCAGCAGCAACAGCAGCAACAGCAGCAGCAGCAACAGCAGGCGGCGGCAGCACAGGCGGCAGCGACAGCGGCAGCUCAGGCGCAACUGCAGGCACAACAGCACCACGCAGGCGAGGCGGCGAAGCGACGCAGCCGUAAGCCGACGGACAAGACGAUGCCAGACGGGGUGGAGGACGUGGUGGUGGGCGACGGCGUGCAGCGGUACCGCGAGCUACGCGACUUUGAGCGGCGGCUGGACGCGACGAUGACACGCAAGCGUCUAGACAUUGUCGACAGCAUGCAGCGAAACAUUCCCAAGCGGUUCAAAACAUUGCGCAUCUGGAUCACCAAUACGGCGGAGAACCAGCUGUGGCAGAACGGCGGCGGCAAUGUGGACAGCUUCAACUUCUCGACGAAUGCGGAGGCGUCGUACCGGGUCAAGAUCGAGGGCCGUCUGCUGGACGACGACGAAGACGAGGAGGACGGGGUCGAGAAGGAAAAGGCAGACAAGAACGGCGCGGGCGACUCAGCGGUCAAGGAGGAAGGGGCUGCGGGCGAGGCGAUGGAUGUCGAUCAGCAGGGCAAGGACAAGAAGGAGAAGAAGGACGGGGCCAAGCCGUCGCGGUACCGAUUCACGCAGUUCUUCCGGGCGAUGACGGUGGAGUUCAACAACGGCAAGAAGGGGAGCGAGACGGCAGUGGGCAGCCAGAAAACGGUGGAGUGGAAGCGGCCGGAGCGCGUGAUCCAUGCGCCAGGACAGCCGCCAGCAGCACAGCCGGUGGCGGCAGAGUUUGACGAGCUGACGUUUAAGCGGCCGGGCGACGAGAACGUCAACAUCACGAUCAACCUGUUCCGGCACGAGGAGCCGGAGCGGUUUGAGCUGGACGAGAUCCUGGGCGACAUUGUGGACAUGCGGGAGGCGACACGGGCAGAGGCGGUCAUGGGGCUGUUUGAGUACAUUCGGCUGCUGCAUCUGCAGGAGGACGAGGAGAAGCGCAACUUUCGGUGUGACGAGCAGCUGCGGAAGGUGUGUUUUUUCUUCUUUUCUUCUUUUCUUCUUUUCUUCUUUUUUUUCUUUUUUCUCUACAUCUUCGAUUCUUUACCUCAUGCUAACCUACAGCUCGUCAACAACGAUGUCGGCUACAUCCCUCUCCUGCAAGAGUACGUCAAUGCGCAUAUCCGGCCGCUGGCACCGGUGCAGCUGGCAUACACGAUCCGGGUGGACGAAGCGUUCCACCGGCAGCAGGAGGGCGCGACGCCGGUAGCGACGGUGUACGACGUGCAGGUGGCCGUGGACGACCCGCUGCGAGAACAGCUGCGGCCGUUUGUGCAGAGCGCGCAGUACAUGAGCCUGCUGCGCGACGUGGCCGGAUUGGACGAGCAGCUAGCAGUGCUGAUCCAGGCCGUGGCCAUGUCCAAGAGCAAGCAUGAGUUCCUGUCGGCCCUGGCCACCGACCCGGCCGGCUUUGUGCGCCAGUGGCUUAGCUCGCAGAAGCGCGACCUCGAGGUCAUCAUGGGCGAGUCGGUGCGUGGUGCUGCCGGCAGUGGCAGCAGUGGCAGUGGCGAUCUCCUGGCCGGCGAUGCCUGGCGGCGUGGCGGCAAGGAGAGCAUUUGGGCGUCGCAGAACGCCCGCGAGAGCGUCACGCUGCUGAUGGCCAAGCAGCCGUUGAUCCCGCGGGGGCUGUAG